AUGAUAAGCCGUGGUCGUGGAGGUUAUGGUUGUGGUGUGUCAGCACAUGCUGUGUAUCAUUCUGUGUCACAGUCUGUACCACAGACAAGUGCUACAGCGACUGCUGCUACAAUAACUGCUGCUACAGUGACUGCUACAACGGCUGAUUCACAAGCAGUGACAGGAUUAACUAAAAAGCAGUGGGAAAACUUAGUUCGUAUGCUUGGGGAAAACACAGGAGCUAUUACUUCUACACCUCGAAUGUGGAAGGAAGUGUGA